UUAAUGGAUUCUGACAUGGAUUAUGAGAGGCCAAACGUAGAAACUAUCAAGUGCGUCGUGGUCGGGGACAACGCGGUGGGCAAGACCCGGCUCAUCUGUGCCCGUGCCUGCAACGCCACGCUCACCCAGUACCAGCUCCUCGCCACCCACGUCCCCACCNGCUGGAUGGUUUUUCUCUUCCCGCAGGUGCUGGAGCGCUCCCGGGAUGUGGUAGAUGAUGUUAGUGUGUCCUUGCGGCUCUGGGACACCUUUGGUGACCAUCACAAAGACAGACGCUUUGCCUAUGGCAGGUCUGACGUUGUGGUUCUGUGCUUCUCCAUCGCUAACCCCAACUCCCUGCACCACGUGAAGACCAUGUGGUACCCGGAGAUCAAACACUUCUGUCCCCGCGCGCCCGUCAUCCUGGUGGGCUGCCAGCUUGACCUGCGCUACGCCGACCUGGAGGCCGUCAAUCGGGCACGGCGUCCCUUGGCCAGGCCAAUCAAACCCAACGAGAUCCUUCCCCCGGAGAAGGGGAGGGAGGUAGCCAAGGAGCUGGGGAUCCCCUAUUACGAGACGAGCGUGGUGGCCCAGUUUGGCAUCAAGGACGUCUUUGAUAAUGCCAUCCGUGCCGCCCUCAUCUCCCGCCGUCACUUGCAGUUUUGGAAGUCCCACCUCCGCAAUGUGCAGCGACCCCUGCUCCAAGCCCCUUUCUUACCCCCCAAACCUCCUCCACCCAUCAUCAUCGUCCCCGACCCCCCUUCCAACAACGAGGAACGCCCAGCCCACCUCCUGGAGGACCCCCUGUGCGCGGACGUCAUCCUGGUGCUGCAAGAGAAGAUCAAAAUCUACGCACACAAGAUCUACCUCUCCACCUCCUCCUCCAAAUUUUACGACCUGUUCCUCAUGGACCUGAGCGAGGAGGACCAGCAGAGCGCCGCAGGGCACAGCUUCGGGGUGGCCGUCACCGCGGCCGCCGAGCGGAUGCUGCACCAAGAGGAGAGGCACCACGGGCGGGAUUUUCUCCUCCGAGCUGCUAGCUUUGAUAUCUGCGAAAGCACCGAGGAAGCCGGAUCCGGCCAACGAAAACCGUGCCUUAGAGCUUCCACCAGUGAUGGGAUCCUACGGGGCAACCGCUACGAGAACGGAGAGCGUGGGCUGCGGCGGGGAAGGGACCUCUCCUCUUGGAGCCGGGCUUUCACCAGCAUCCAGGAGGAGAUGGCAGAAGAUCCGUUGACCUACAAGUCCAAGCUGAUGGUGGUGGUGAAGAUGGAUGCUUCCAUCCAGCCGGGUCCUUUCCGGGCCGUGUUGAAAUACUUGUACACGGGGGAGCUGGAUGAGAACGAGCGGGACCUCAUGCACAUCGCUCACAUCGCUGAGCUGCUGGAGGUCUUCGACCUCCGCAUGAUGGUGGCCAACAUCCUCAACAACGAGGCGUUCAUGAACCAGGAGAUCACCAAAGCCUUCCACGUCCGAAGGACCAACCGGGUGAAGGAAUGCCUGGCCAAGGGGACUUUCUCGG